AUGCCCUCUCUUGCUACCGGCCCUUCUUUCCUGCUGGGUCGGCUAGUUUUGGCAGCAGGUGCACUAGUCGGGGAUCUCUGGGCAGCAGACACAAGAUACUCCUCCAACCUGAGGACAUUCGCACCCUCACUGGCGGACAAAAACGGAACAGUAGACUUGCACAAGAUUCUCUACAUCUCUCUCCUUGCCACUGCCAAACCGCACCAAAGCAGCGCCACUAUCAACUGGUUCGAGCUCCAGGGGUGCGUUGCGGCCCAGGGCUCCCCGCAGGAGGAAGCGCAGGCGCUGGUGGGGGAGGGAGGAGGGCAGACCCCACAGGAAGAGCACGUUGGAACGGUCCUCCUCCUCCCUGCCACUGCUGCUGCUGCUGCUGCUGCUGCUGCUGCUGAGGGUGCUGGGGGUGCUGGUGCUGGUGCUACUGGUGCUUGUGGUGCUGGUGGUGGGGGAGUAGGGGGAGGAGGAAUACGGGGGUCCAAAGGAGAAAGUAUCAAGGGAGGGGAGAAGGGGAGCGGCACGGGAGCCAAUGGCAGCGUGCCCCUCCCUACCCUCCCACUCACGACCCCCUCUCCUCGCCUCCACCUCUCCACCACCCAUCUCCUCCCUUCCCCCUCUCUCCCCCACUCACCUCUCCCCACCCCCUCCCCCUCUCCAUCUCCCAACCUCCCACUCCCUCUCUCCUCUCUCCAUCUCUCUGCCUCCUCCCUAGCAGCCGCAGCAGUGGCAGAAGCAGCAGGGGGGAGGGAGGAGAGGCAGUGGGGGGGAAGACCGAGGCGGUGGCAGGCUUGGGCGAACACCACUCCAGUACAUUAUUGCCUCUCAUCCUCCCCUGUACUCUCAUCCUCCUCUCCUCCCUCACCGCCCCCUCCCCCCUCCUCUCUCGCCCUCCACUCACUACCCCUUCUCUAUCUCCUCUCACCCUCCUUUCUCACGCUCCGCUCACCGCCCCCUCCCGCCUCCUCCCUUAACCCCCCAUUCCCUUGUCUCCGCCCCCUCUCUCCUCCCCCUCUCCCCCUGCCCUCUCCCCUCUACCCCCUGCCCUCUCCCCUCUACCCUCUACCCCCUGCCCUCUCCCCUCUACCCCCUGCCCUCUCCCCUCUACCCCCUGCCCUCUCCCCUCUACCCCCUGCCUUCUCCCCUCUACCCCCUGCCCUCUCCCCUAAACCCCCUGCCUUCUCCCCUCUACCCCCUGCCCUCUCCCCUCUACCCCCUGCCCUCUUAUCCCCCCUCCCCUUAAUUCACCUGGCAGCCUCGUGA